AUGGCAGCCGCCUCGGCCGCGGCGGGAUGGACCGCCGAGGACGACGUCCUCCUGAAGAAUGCCGUCGAGGCUGGUGCUUCAUUGGAAUCAUUGGCUAAAGGAGCUGUAUGCUUCUCCCAUAAAUUCACCCUUCCAGAACUGCAGGAUCGCUGGUAUUCAUUGCUAUAUGACUCGGAGACAUCAGCUCAAGCAUCCGCUCGCAUGGCCAAGUUUGAGAUGGAGCUUUCAGCCUCCAAUCCUGCUAAAGCAUCUAAGCUUUUCAACCCAAAGGCAAAAUGCUUUUCCCUGUACAAGCGGAAGAUAGAUAGUGUAAAGAAUCACUAUUAUGCAAUGAGAAAGAGAAUUCGCCAUGAACCAUGUUUGUCUGCUGAUUUUUGUUAUAGUAUUGCACCCUGCUCAUGUAAUCCUGUUGAUGGUGGUGAUUGUGCAUGUGGAGACCAUCAUUUGUUGCACAAAGUUGAUCCAUCAGGAGCUGUUGUAGGUGGCUAUGGAUGUAUAGGCGGAUGUGGCUCUAAGAGAAAACAUGUACAUUCCAAUGGUAGUGGACAAUACUCAUUUCAUGCAGAGCAUUCUAACUCUGAUGGCAGCAUGGUGAUAGAUGGAAAUACCAACUAUGAAAGCCCACAUGGCAACUCAGAUGUAGACAAAUUAUAUGGCUGUGACAACAUGCAGAAGAGUUCUCAGACCAGUGGAAGUAAUGCAAUCUCUGCAAAUAAUAGGUUGGAUCUUACUGAUCAGUUUGACCAUGGAGAUAAAGGUUCCAAGGCUCCACUGGGCAUUCAUCAAGAUGGUGUAAAGCUUGACCGAUCUUCUGGAAAUACCACAGGAGGAUUUCUUGAGCCAGGCGCAUUCAAAGCAAUUAAUCAAAAGUGGUGUCUUCGGGAACCUAGCAUUCCAACUUGGAGUAAGGUCCUAGGUGUUAAUUCAUCUGAUAUGCUGACAGAUAUGCAUAAAAUUGAAGGAGAAACUCUUAUGCUUUCUGAUGACAAGAAAAUGGAAACAAAUAGCAUUGAUGCACUUGCAUUUCAGGCAAAUUUGGAUAGUGUAGUAUGUGAUUCUGGUUUAGGCAGUGCAAUGGCGUCAGAAGAUCAUAUCCAAAAGAAACCAAAUGUAGCAGAUGUUUUUGGAGUAGACAGUAUACCUGCUUCAUCAGAAGUGCUUUAUCCUGAACAUAAUGUCAAGUGCAUGUUGAACACAGAAGAUUCUGAAAUCCCUAUCAAUGACUGUAUACCUAUACCUGGUCAGACCUCUUUAGAACCCACUUCUACCUUUGACCAGGAUGCUCAGCAUGAUGCGUGUUUGGUUGCCAAAAUGAUAAAUAUGGAAAAUGGCCAACCUUCAUCGCCACCACCACCAGUUAAUCUGGAAUCAGCCAUCCUAAAGCAAAAUACAAAUAUGGUGCCUCUUAAGGAAGGUUGUGCUGUAGGAAGUGAGCUGCCACCUGGCCUGCAGGGUAACUUUGGUGGUAACAAUGCAAACACGUGUAUUUCAGCACUGCAUUCUGUUGAUGGAGGUGAAGAAACAACUUGUGGUUUCAUUAAACAUGAGAGUUGUUAUGAUGUACAGAAUUUGACUUUGGAUAAGUCAAUUCAAGUGUCCAAUCAAAUGAAUUGCAAGUUUCUUGCUCAUAAGCCCGGAAUAGGCUGUGAAACUGCUAUCCAAAGCUGCGAGUUGGCUUCUGCAUUGCCAGAUACAGAAUUUCAUGACCCCGUUGCAACCAUUUCAACUACGGGCCAAGCAGAAGGAUCUGACAGUGAGAUUAGUGUUCCAAACUAUUUUGACCUAGAAGCACUGAUACUUGAUCUGGACCUGAUUCCAUGGGAUCAAGAAUCUGACUUCAUCCAACCGGAAGUUUCAAGGUUUCAGUAUCCUGAAAGCAGGAAGGAUUUGAUAAGAUUAGAGAAAGGUUCCUGCUCUUAUAUGAACAGAUCUAUCAUGUCUAAGGGUGCUUUCGCAAUUCUUUAUGGCCAACGCAUGAAAUACUACAUAAGAGAGCCUGAGGUAAGUCUUGGGAGAGAAACAAAAGAAGUACAUGUUGAUAUCGAUUUGAGUAAAGAAGGGAAGGCAAACAAAAUAUCCCGUCGACAGGCAGUUAUUAAGAUGGACGAUGAUGGAUCUUUCUACAUAAGCAAUACUGGGAAGUAUUCAAUUUUCGUGAAUGGCAAAGAAGUACCCUGUAGUAAACGUAUCAACUUAAUGUCAGACUCAUUAAUUGAGAUAAGGAACCUGAAAUUCAUUUUUCAUGUGAACCACGAGGCUGCAAGGAAGUACAUAGUUCGAAAAAGGAGAGGAAGCUCCCAAGGCGAGAACACAGCAUUUGAUUGGAGUCAGAACCCUUGA